AUGAAUCUAUCUCGGACUACGAUAGCCCGGGCGGGGGUCCUGACUCGACCACCAAAGCUCGCAUCGACGAAACAGCAGUUAAGACAGCUGACUUUGCACGGCCAUGACACUCAACAACUGCUCAGAUCACACGGAAUUCCGGUUCCGCGAGCAAUCUUGGCGCAGACGCCUUUCGAGGCUCGUGAUGCCGUAAGGGCGUUAGGUAAAAGCUGCGUGUUACGAGCCCAGGUCCUCCAUGGAGACCUAGACAAGCUCCUGUUUGAGGGUGGGCUGAGAGGGGGCAUGCAGACAGUCGACAGCCCCGAGCAGGGCCUUGACACGGCCGCGAGGAUGCUUAAUCGCCAGGCAAUCUCGGAAAAUACCCGCCAUCGAUCCUUGACUGUCAAGCAGGUCUUGGUCUCUGAAAGGCUGGCUCACGAGGAGCAGUGGUACCUGGCCAUGACGAUUGACCGAGAGAAUUACUGUCCAAUGAUCAUCUUUUCCAAAUGUGAUAACGACGGCAGCAAAGGAAAUAUCUCUGGGAAUAACAUCUCCGGAAAAGGCACCUCGUUCACGUUUGGUUUCUCUCAAGGUAUCACCGAAGGGCUGGUCUCGCAGAUUGCCAGACAUCUCGGCAUAGUAGACGCAGAUGACACAAACCUCGAUGACAUUCUCACAAGAGCCUAUAGGAUCUUCAAAGAAACAGACGCCACACUGUUGGAAAUCAACCCUCUAGCUCGACUAGACUCCGGCCUCUUCACCUGCCUCGACGCCCGGCUAGUCGUUGACGACGAUGCGGCCCAUCGGCAGCCAGAUCUCUUCCGCCUGCGCGACACGAGUCAGGAGGUGCACGACGAGGUCAGGGCCGAGCAGCACAACCUGGUCUACAUCAAGCUCACCGGCAACAUUGGCAACAUCGUCAACGGAGCAGGGCUGGCGAUGGCCACAAACGAUGCAAUCGGGCUUCACGGCGGGGCCAGUGCUAAUUUCUUAGACGCCGGGGGUCAGGCGACCAAGGAGACGAUGAUUCAAGCUCUCGGCAUCGUGCUGGGCGACAAGCGGGUAAAAGCGAUAUUGAUUAACAUCUACGGAGGAAUCACCCGCUGCGACAUGAUUGCCGAAUCCAUCAUUGGAGCCGCGCAGGAGAUGACCCUGGCCGUCCCACUUGUCGUGCGCCUUCAGGGAACCAAUUCGGCGCAGGGAUUGAAGCUGCUGGCGGAUGCAGACCUCGGGCUCCAUGUCGAAUCGGAUUUUGGGCGUGCGGCACAGAAGGCGGUUCAGCUGGCUGGGGACUCUUCUUAG